UUGUAAUGGUAGCGGAUAUCUCAUCGUGCCCGCUCGAGAUUCUCCACUUGAUUGCUGCUACCAUCGACUCCGAGGACCUGGCUAGUCUACGCCUUGUCAGCAAGCAGUGGUGCGACUUGUCCAGCAAGCUUUUCGGAUUGGCAAAACUCCAACAUCUUCGUCUCAUAUCUUCUCCGUACAGCUUGCAGAGCCUGGUUGAUCUUACAGCACAUCCUCUUUUGGGCCCUUGUGUCCAGUCUUUUGAGAUUGGGAUCUAUCGCUUGAAGAAACAUCUCGUGAAUACUCACCCGCAUGUCGAAGCAAGUCGUGCAAACGUCGCAGCUCUCACACAAUUUCGAUUCCAGCAAAGUGGCUUGCAUAUAGUCCUGCUUACCGAGGCACUCAAGAACUUGAGUAGACACGGUGUUGUACCCAAGAUCGGAUUGUUCGAGGAUGUGAUUCGUGCUGCCUCUGGACAGGACUAUUAUCGUCGUGGAUAUGGUUAUCAUGAACUCUAUGGUUCAAUUGAUAUCGCUAGCUGCGGCGGCUCACGAGCAACACAAACUCUUCUGGACCUGAUCACGGCAGGCAAAAGAUCAGGAUGUCCUACAAGCGGAAUCUCCAUCGAUCUCCAAUGGAAUUCGCUUGCUCAACAAGCAAUCAGCAGACAUCCAGGAUUGGACCAAUUGAUUGAGAAAUUGACUAUGCCUGAUACAGACAGAGCCGUACCUGGGUGGAACCUGGCCGUGAAGCUCACUGAUCCAUGCGAUAAGAACAGCCUGCGCCAUUUGAAUAUGUCCGCCACAACAUUUCAUGAUGACAGUCUUGAAGAUGGCAUCGAUUUUCUUACAACCAUCAAGACUUACCUGACCUUGCAGUCAAUCAUAAUGUACAAGCUCUACUUCGAGAACAAACAUAGCCGCAUCUUGGUCGUCGAUGAGCAAGUCGAGAGAGAAGGCUCGGAGCAAAUCAUCAGUGCUAUUGAUGACCUUAUCGGCACCGUCAAUGCAACGAACGUAAAGUUAGGACGGAUUGGCAACGAUGAACAGCCACUUGACAGCCAGAUC